AAUAGGCAACAAUAGAAGGAGUUACAGUCUUACAAAUUCAAAUAGCCUGCUGCAUACAAUCUAUUGAUAUAAAUAUUAUAAAUAAUAUCGGCAUAAAAAUGAUUAAAACAGUGUUUCUAUGUUUGGUGGCCUACGUGGUUGCUAAUGCUCAAAAAGAAUAUAUACCAUUACCUCAAGAAGUUGUACCCAAGAUUGGAGACUCAGCGUUCACCUGUCUAUCUAAGAACGGCUUAGACCAAGAGGCUCUGCCCAAACUCUUAGCGGGAGAGAUUCAAGAUACCCCUCAGAUAAGAAAAUUCAUCCAAUGCUUCGCUACAGGGUCAGGGUAUGGUGACAAAAAUGGUCACUUUAAAGAGGACAAGAUGGUGAAGCUGGUUGGUAACCAUAAGAGCAAGGAUAAGUACAGAUCUGUUGUACAGGAAUGCAACAAGAGCCAAGGGAGUAACAGCGAGGAUACUUUGUUCCAAACUGUCAUUUGUUUCGUAAAGAAGUCACCGAUUUUGUUCACUCUAUAAUUUUUAAUGGUGUUGAAAAUAUAAAUAGUGAAAUU